AUGUCAAAUCAGAAGUUAGGUUUUGAUCGCCUAAAAGGCCGAGAAAACUACAGUGAAUGGAAGGUCGGCGCGAGAGCAUUUCUCACAACAAAAGAAUUGUGGGCAUGCGUAACAACGGACUUAUCGCCGUCAGCAAGUGCAACGGAUAAAUCAAAAGAUCAGAGGGCACUGGCAGAAAUCACGUCACUUUUGGAACCAAAUUUAUUUUCGUAUAUUGAAGAAAUAACAGAAGCUAAAAAGGCAUGGGACGCUCUUGAAAGUAUUUUCGAAGAUAAUGGCGUGCUGCGAAAAGUGUUUGUGUUAGAACAAUUCGUAAUGCUUAAACUCAGCGACUGUGAAUCGAUCACCGACUACGUAAAUAAGAAAAUUGGACUUUAUGCAAAAGUGAAAAAGGGUUUUAAGCUUGACGACGAAGUUUCCGGUGAAAUUUUACUGUGCGGCCUGGGUGAAGCGUACAGACCUCUAGUAAUGAGUGUUAGAGAUAAAUUGUCACCCGACAGUGUUAAAACAUUAUUACUUCAAAGUGUCGAUUUUGAAAGCGCAAGUGAAAAUGCACUAAAUGCACAAAACAAAAAGAAGUUCAAUAACAAGGGCAAAUCAAAAAAGCCAGUUAAAUGUUAUGAUUGCGGGGGGCCACAUUUCAGAAAUAAAUGUACGUCGAAAAACAGAGAAAAAAGCGAAAAAGGUGAAUGCGUUUUGUAUAGUGCUCUUGUGGACAAGGACUCUAUGGAAGAUAAAUGUGUUAAGACUGAUUCGUGUGAUGUUUUACGAUCGAUUGGAAAUUGUGAGCCAGGCAAUAAUGAUGUUGUUUUGUAUAGUGCACUUGCAACGAAAACUCAAAACGAUGAUGAAUGGUUCGCAGAUAGUGGUGCUUCAAAGCAUAUGACACAUGUUGAUUUUCAGUUGGAAAAUAUCAAGCGACCAAGUAUCAGUGAAGUAAAAGUGGCCAAUAAUGAAAGAUUGAAAAUAAAUCAUGUAGGUGAUCUGAAAUGCAUGAUCGGCGACCGCUCAGAAAGGGACAUAACAUUAAAAGAUGUGCAUUAUAUACCGAAAUUGUGUGUGAACCUUUUAUCAGUAAGCCAAAUGGUAAAGAACAAAUGCACAGUUAUUUUCGAUAUCAACGGUGUUAGAAUUUGCAAAAACAGCAAUGGAGCAACAGAAGUGAUCGCAAGCGGAGUGUUGGAGAAUGAUAUGUUCAAAUUGAACAUAAAACCGAGUGAAAUUGCUUGUGCGGCAAAUGUCAGUGAAUAUCGCGAUCCGAUUUUAUGGCAUAGGCGAUUAGCGCAUAUGAAUUUUGCUACGAUGGGUUCACUUCUCAACAUCAAAGUGAAACCUGAUAUGCAAUGUGUUGUUUGCUCGAUGGGUAAACAAGCAAGAAAAUCAUUCGUCGACAAAGGCACACGUGCAAGUGGAAUUUUAGAUUUGAUUCACAGCGAUGUGUGCGGCCCAAUGCCCGUACAGUCACAUGGUCACGCGCGAUACUAUAAUGGCAUAAAGCAUGAAAAGACUUCACCUUACUCGCCUCAGCAGAACGGUUUGGCUGAGCGAAUGAAUCGCACAAUAAUGGACAAAGUACGCUGUAUGCUAAUUGACUCCGGCCUGAGCAAGCAGUUUUGGGCCGAGGCUGUAUUUGCUGCCGUUAGCAUUAUUAAUGUUAUACCCAAUGCAUCAAGUGGAGCAGUGCCCGAUGAAAUAUGGAAUUGGGUUGAGCGAAUUGCGGUUGAAGAUGAAGGCGUCGAAUUUUUUCCUAUUGAAGAAGAAAACGAGAACAUCGAUUCAGGGGAGAAUGAUGAAAUUGAAUCGACGUUAACUCAAAACACGCCGCCAGCUGUAAUAUCAACAAAUGCGAGUGAAUCUGCGGAAAACAAUGAGGCAACUACUUCUCAGAAUGAUUCAGUUAUAAUGAUCAACGACAGUCCGAAUCAAAGUUUGAAUGAAACGACAGUGGAUGAUGGAGAAAAAGAUUCGUCUUUAGGUGAUCCAACUUAUCAAACCAGAGCCAGGAUUGACGGAACCAGCAACGUAAUGCAAACACGAUCAAAGUCUCGUGAUGCUGAAGUGUUGAACAUGAAUGUAGCUAUCGCUUAUGUGGUCGGUGAACCAAAUGGUUACAAGGAGGCUUUAAGAGAUGAAAAUUUAAAACACAUGAAUUGCAUGGAUACAGCGACGUGGACUAUGCGGGCUGCAUCACAACCAGAAGAUCUACUUCCGGCUACGGUUUUAUCUUCGGAAAUGGAGCAAUAA